AUGAUAACGAAGGCAGUAGAAGCUAGUGGAACAGUUACUAUUACAACUGUAACCCAGCAACUAUUUCGAACAAAGAUGGAUUUUAAUGAAUGUUUCAUUCAUCCAAAGUCAUUCUCUUUAGACCCUAACAUUUAUACAGAACUUGUAGAACAUUAUACAAACGAGGCUUUAUGUUUUCCUGUUAAAGUUAUGGAUUGGAUUCCUAUGGACGGUUCAUUCUCAAAGAAUACAGAUAGUUCAAGUGCAACAUUUACAGCAGCUUAUACGCCUAUUAAUGUUAAAAGUAUUUGGGCACUAUUUAGAAAGAAAGACAACUAUUAUGUUAAUUUUGAGAACCCUAAGUUUAAAUAUCUUCAGCUUUCCAUGGGAGCUUAUGGAAAUAUGCCUGCAGAACCUGAAAAAUCAUAUGGACCUGUAUUUUAUGAAAUGGUUGCGAACGCUUGCAAUACAAACAAUGAUAUGAUAGGAUUUAAUGAAGAUGUUAUGAGGUCAUUGGUGGAUGAUGGUAGUGUGGAACAUAAAUGGGAUAGCUAUGACAACACACAUUUCUUAUGUGGUUUUCCAACAGAAGUGGACUUUUGCUUCCAGCAAGGUCAAACAUCUACUGCUCCAAUAACAUACAAAUUGUCUGUUAAAGGACCUAUUGAACUAGCAACUGAAAAUGUACCAAAGCCACUUAUUGGAUUUAUGAGGGAUUGUUGCUUUGCCAUUCAGGUGCGUGCUAAUGGCAUCCCCAUAAUAAGAUUAGAUGACUAUAACUUAGCUACGGACGACAGUGAGGAAUAA